CCCUGAGCACAGCUGUGAUGAUGCCUGCGUGGAGGUUGGGCUUGGGCAGUAGGGCCCUCCCAGAUUCUCCCUUCAGGUUUCCUGGAGUAAGGGACAUGCACCCCCAGGGCUUCAGCCUGACCUGACCCUGCUGCCAGGGACACUCCCCAGUAACCAUGAAGACCAGUCUGUGGAGCCUUUCUCAGCCUCGCUGCCUCCUCUCCCUGCUCCUUCUCCUCCAGCUGUCAUCCAGCUCUGCAGGACAGUUCAGAGUGAUAGGACCAGGGUAUCCCAUCCGGGCUUUAGUUGGGGAUGAAGCAGAGCUGCCGUGCCGCAUAUCUCCUGGGAAGAAUGCCACCGGCAUGGAGGUGGGGUGGUAUCGCCCUCCCUUUUCUAGAGUGGUUCAUCUCUACCGAAACGGCAAGGACCAAGAUGCAGAGCAAGCACCUGAAUACCGGGGACGCACAGAGCUUCUGAAAGAGACCAUCGCUGAGGGGAAGGUUACUCUCCGGAUCCGGAACGUGAGGUUCUCAGAUGAAGGAGGCUUCACUUGCUUCUUCAGAGACCACUCUUACCAAGAGGAGGCAGCUAUGGAGUUGAAAGUGGAAGACCCCUUCUACUGGAUCAGCCCUGGGGUGCUGGUUCUCAUUGCACUUCUGCCAGCACUGUUCCUGCAGGUCUCUGUGGGCCUUGUCUUCCUCUUCCUGCAGCACAGGCUGAGAGGAAAACUUCGAGCAGAAGUUGAGAAUCUCCAUCGGACUUUUGAUCCUCACUUCCUGAGGGUGCCCUGCUGGAAGAUAAUGCUGUUUGUUGUUGUGCCCGUUCUUGGACCCCUGGUUGCCUUGAUCAUCUGCUACAACUGGCUGCAUCGAAGACUAGCAGGACAGUUUCUUGAAGAGCUAAGAAACCCCUUUUGAGUGAUGGUGUCUCUUCCUGGAGUGAAGGAGAGCCUGGCAGGUCCCUGAGGAUGUCUCUUGUUGGCUUCUUUGUUACAGAGACACUCCAAUAUACAUCUACAGAAGCACUCUGGAUUCCAAGUAGAACUUGAAUUCCCUUCUUGAAAUAUCUUCCUUUCCUCAGCUCCUUUCCUCCUUUAAUUUUUGCUCCCACAUCUUUUUACUCCUGUCUCAAUCUUCCUCCAGAAAAUACCCCAUGGCUAAGGCCAGAUAGUCUAUCUGAAGACACCCAUGUACCAGUGAAAUACAGGAAUGAUUGCACCGAACAGGAUAUCCAGAACCUCUACAUUACACACUAUAGAACAUCAACUCUGCAAAUGGUGACUGCUUCUUCCAAAAAGAACAAGUCAAGACUGUGAAGAACAGCAAUGUAGAGAGUAGGGGGUUAGGGACAGAGAAGAGCCCACAGUAUCAGGGAAAGCUAAGUGAGCCGGAGUAUGAAUAUAAAAACUUGAGCCAAAACCUGGAGAUGGAAACUAAAGAAUACUGACAACAGCCACACUGUCUUCCUUUGGCAGCGUGGUGGGUGGACCUUGAGAAACAAGGGCUGAGAACUGGGUCUGCUUCUCUCCUACUUUCUGCACCUUUGUGUCCUUCAUACUCCUGCCUCUCAUUUUCUCCUUCAUUUCUCUCAGAGAACACAGUUAUUUUUUUUUUCCCCAACAAUUACUACCUGAUGGUCUACCAGACACAAACAAGCUAGGUGCUAAUUAAUACAAUUUCAUCUGUGCACUUC